AUGUUUUCAAGAUUUACCUCCGCUAUCAUUGUCUUGGUAACAGUAAUAUCCAUAUACAUUGGGCGAAUAUACAAGGAAGCGAUAUCUGGAGCCACUCCUUUCCCAUGGACUGAUUCAUUCAGAGGUGCUGUAGAACCAAAGAUGUCUUCUAAUUCGUACACACUCAAAAAAUUCCCACAAUAUGAUAGAACACAAGUAGGAAAAGAGAACGCUACGUUAAUAAUGCUCGCAAGGAACUCAGAUUUAAAGGGAGCCCUUUUUUCUAUGAGGUCAUUGGAGGAUAGAUUCAACAAAGAAUAUAAGUACCCUUGGGUGUUCCUUAAUGAAGUUCCCUUUGAUGACGACUUCAUCGAACAGACCAGCUUAAUGGCAUCUUCAGAAUGCUUCUAUGAAUUGAUCCCAAAUGAAGAUUGGUUUCCUCCAGAUUUUAUUGACUUGGAAAAACUAGAAGAUAACUUAGCCCAAGCAGAGAAGAAUAAAGUGAUGUACGGAGGAUCAAGAUCUUACAGAAACAUGUGCCAUUUCAAUUCAGGGUAUUUCUUCAAGCAAAAGAAAAUUUUGGAAUAUGACUGGUAUUUUAGAGUAGAGCCAGACGUGGAAUAUAUGUGUGAUUUUCAAUAUGAUCCGUUUACAAAGUUGAGAGAGCAAGAUAAGGUGUAUGGAUUUGUUAUUGCCCUACAUGAAUAUGAAAAUACAAUACCUUCGUUGUGGAAAACUGUGGAAAAUUUCAUGGAAAAAUACCCUCAAUACCUCCAUCCUCACAACGCUUUGGAUUUUAUAACAUCUAAAGAACCUUUAGCUGAUGCCACUCUACAAAUAAACUCACUGACUGAUUACAAUAUGUGCCAUUUCUGGUCCAAUUUUGAGAUUGCAAAUUUAAAUUUCUUCCGAAGUGAAGCAUACCAGGCGUUUUUUGACCAUUUGGAUCAGGCUGGAGGUUUUUAUUACGAGAGAUGGGGUGACGCUCCGGUACAUCUGAUUGCGUUGGCGUUGCUAGCUGAUCGAGAUUCUAUUCAUCAUUUUGACGACAUUGGUUACUAUCAUCCGCCGAUGUUAUCGUGUCCGGUGAGCGCUGAAGUCAAGAUGCAGAAAAGAUGUAUAUGUAGAGUAUAUGAUGGGCACCGUAUUACCGAUGGAAUGGAUGUUGCCUUGCACAGCUGUUUACCUAGAUGGUGGAAGUAUGGGUCUGGGAAAAAAUUUCUAGAAAACUAA